AUGGCGCCUCAAGAACAGUUCCCCCCUCCUGAAGACCUCCUUGGCUUAGAGAUAAGUACUAUGAAUUUGGAAGAAACCGCUAAACUAAUUCAGUACUACCUUACUCUCCUUGCGUCUGAAAAAGCACAGCGCGCAGCAAACUACCAACCCUCAGACUGGGAAUUACUUACCCCAGACGAACAACGCGCCAGAGCUCUCAAACGCGUAGAGAUCCGUGAGGACGAAAGAAUCGCCAAUCUGAUUCUUUGGAAUUCUGUCAAACGAGACCACAAGGAAAAGCGACGCCAACUCUUAGCUGAACUUCGUGAGAAAAGACUAGCCAAGAUGUCGACUACCUCGAACUCUAGCGCUGCUACUACCCCAGCCGCCGGAACCACUCCCGUGUCCGAGACUGCUGCUAACAGUCCUAACAUCAGUCGAACAAUCCAGACCUCCACGGCCCCUUACCCCCAGCCACUCGACCGCGGCGCGGCCAAUCAGCUGGAGGAGCGCGUGAACCGCCUGAAAUUGAUUACGAUCCAGAAGAAAAUGGCACCAGUGACGGUCGAGAGACCGACAGAGGCGAUGUUGGCCGAGAACGGCUCAACUCCGGCCGUCGAGACUCCAGCCACGGCUCGAGCAACUCAAAUCACGGCGAAUACCGCCAAGAAUCCAGCGGAGAAAGCCGCGGACGCGAUGGAUAUAGAUCCACAAGCGUCGAACUCCUCGGCGGAUACCCAGCAACCCCUCAAAUCGCCGGAGGUCAGACUCUUGUCGAAGGAAGAGAAGAUCCAACUUCUCGUCAAAGAGCACGUAGCCCUUUGGAAGAAGUACUUAGCGGAUCUACCCUUAGGCGCGUCGGAGGGCAACAGAGUACUCCUAACUCGAGCUCAAGACAGUCAAAGGACUCUUCAAAAAUUAAUACCUCGAGCGGAAGUCGAAGAGUACGUCAAGGGAUGGAACCCCUGGACGGCGAAAAGAGACCUCUUCCCAGUUCUUCAACAGGAACACCUGUGUCACCUGAAAACCUCGGUUUUAAACCGAUGA